GGUUUAGUUGGUAGUGAGUGGCCGCAAUAAGUCCACUGGUUAAGAAUGCAGCUUAAUUUCACUAUUUAUGUAUAACAACAUAGCGUGUUUAUUUCUAACUAUGUAUCUCCCCUGUAAAGGGAGCCAACAUAAUCUGUGCGUGUCAUUUAUAGCAAUGAGUUUGACCUCCCUAUUAUCGUCUAUUGUCAUCGGAUCAUUGUAUGGAUGAAAAAAUGUAUCCCUUUUGAAAGCGGUGUUAAAGGAUAAAGAGAUUCUGUUGCUUUUGGUUCCUCAGACUUUAUAUAGGCAACAUAUUUCUACAGAAAAAUCCCUCAAGAGAACAAAAUCACACUAGGAAGUAUUAAAUUUUCAUAAGUUUGAGAAAUACAGUUUCUUUACUAGGAUAUCAGGAACAUAGAACUUCCUAUCUUCAAUGACAGUGCUACGACUUACGAGACUGGACAUAAAAGCUCUGCACGUGCGCGCGCUGAUCCCUUUGGUACAGGCUUCUGAAAGGUUUUGGAACCAGGCAAAGAAUUAACUCUGAUCAAUCGAAACUAGUUGCAACCGUCCGUUGGUAGCAACUCGAACAGAUACCACGCAGUCACUAACAACGGGAAGAACUGUGAGAGUACAUGCGCGAAAGCAUUCACAUGGUUGAAACUGGAUCUCGAACGAAUAUAGUAAUCGACUAAUCUCGGAAACUACUGUCACUGUGGUCACUGGUGUGUGAGCAUAGGAGUGGAAGAGAAAUGUGUGUUCGAGGUUAAGUUGUUGUAAACGUAGCACGUGAUAUAUUGAGAAAAACACCAUGGGAAAACUAAAUGUUUCCAUUUUGCGGUAUCUCACGAGGGAAGAUUUCCGUGUUCUAACUGCAAUUGAAAUGGGAAUGAAGAAUCAUGAACUGGUUCCUGCACCUCUUGCAGCCUCAAUCGCUAACUUGCAGCAUGGUGGCGUUCACAAAGUGCUCAAGGAUUUGUGUAAACAUAGACUGCUCAGCUAUGAGAGAGGGAAACGAUAUGACGGAUACAGGUUAACAAAUUCUGGGUAUGAUUAUUUGGCACUCAAGGCCUUGACUAUGAAGAAUGUAAUAUCAUCGUUUGGCAACCAGAUAGGAGUAGGCAAGGAAUCGAAUAUUUAUGUUGUUGCUGAUGAGGAAGGAAAUCCACUGUGUUUGAAACUACACAGGCUUGGGCGUACGUGUUUCCGUAACCUGAAGGAGAAGAGAGACUAUCACCAACAUCGAAGAACUGCCUCGUGGCUUUAUCUUUCUCGUAUUUCAGCCACAAAGGAAUUUGCAUACAUGAAAGCUCUGAGAGACAGAGGUCUGCCUGUUCCUAAACCAGUAGAUUUCAACAGGCACUGUGUUGUUAUGGAGCUUGUAGAUGGGCAUCCCCUGUGUCAGGUUCAUGAGGUCAAGGAUGUUGACGCUCUGUAUGACGAAUUAAUGAAUUUGAUUGUCAAGCUUGGGAGUCAUGGUGUGAUUCAUGGAGAUUUUAAUGAGUUCAACAUUAUGUUAUGUGAAGAUGACAAACCAGUUAUCAUUGACUUCCCACAGAUGGUAUCCACAUCUCAUCCAAAUGCUGAAAUGUUCUUUAACAGAGAUGUCAACUGUGUCCGUGAUUUUUUCCGAAGGCGAUUUGGAUAUGAAAGUACACUGUAUCCAUCAUUCAGGGAUAUCAUGAGAGAAGAUACUUUGGAUGUUGAGGUCCUUGCCAGUGGUUUUACACGGCAGAUGGACAAAUAUCUCAACAUUGAAAUGGGCGUUGAGGAAGAUGACAGAACUGGUGACCUUGAGGAUGACAGCAGUAGUGUGAAUGUGGAUGAACUGAGACAAGAAGUAGAAAAUUUAGUACAAGAGGGAACAUCUCAGAUGUCUGACAAACAGAGAAACGUAGCAGGAACUCAGACUGUGUACAGCUUGUCUGAAAGAGAUGCCAAGGUAGAAAGUAUUAGCACAUGUGAUGAAAGGACUGGGAAUCAGGGUUCAGUAAGUGAAUGUAGUUGUGUUGACGCAAAGCAGCAACAUACAGAGGAGGGUGGAAAUGAACACCUGCAGAAAUGUGAAGAAAAUUAUGAAACAUUGUGCCAGAACACUGCAGAGCAAUUAUCUAGUGUCAUUAAAUUUAAAGAUAAAAUUGAAGAGCAUGAUAAGGAGAGUUGUGGAGGCAGUGCCAUGGGCGUUUCUCACAGUGAUUAUAGUGAUGAUGGUAACACAAGGGACUGUAACAGCGUAACGACAGGCUCAUUUGACACUCGUAGCUUCCGCAGUACUUCCACUGCUGCAACAAUUGCUCCACAGGCCAUCCAAAGUCGUGUAAAGAAGUCAUUGAUGAAACGAGAAGCAGUGCUGGCUCGUCACAGAAUGCACGUAAAGGGGGAAGCAAGUGCUGUGACGCGUGCCCGCAGGGACAACAAUGAUACCAUCAAGCAGUCAACUGGAAUAUGGGGCUGGGCGUAAUAUUCCUUAGCAGGCAGAACUCAAGAGGUUCCUUUGUGAGGAGAACAUCAGUAUAAACACCAGCUUGAAGUGCUGCGUAGCUGUAAAACCCAUAUUUGAAUUUAUUGGUAACUGGUAAGCCACUAAUGACAUCCUUGUCAAUGCUGCUGCAGUCAUGAAGUUUUGUUGUGAAGAGAAAACUCGUGUUUUCUGUAUAGAACUGAAUUAUUCUCUUGUAAUGUAAUUGUAACAUAAAUAAAAUUUGGAAGUAAUUUUUUUCAUUUGGAAAAAAAGUGAAAUAUAAUUUAUCUGAAAUUAAGAACUAAUAUACCGAGUGAGAUGGUGCAGUGUAUUCGUGUUUGGGAGGAUUACAGUGCCCCUUUCCUCAAAUCAACCUAUCUAAGAACUAAUAGACUUUUGGCACUUUACCUGAAGAAUCAUAUUGAACAUUGUUUCAUUGGAUGAGUUGAUGUGAUCAUACAAAACAAUUCUGUAUACUUGUAAGGUUUUCAGAUGAGUUGCAACAUUGUUGAAACAAACACACUAACUGAUUUGUGAUUGCCAUUCAUUUACAAUAUUGGAAUUAUAUUGCAAAUUUCUUGGCACUGAGUUCUCAAUUUCCUUGUAUUGUGAAGUCAGUGAGUUACCAAGAAUUUUAUAUUUUGUGCUGACUAGAUUCCUUAUCACUGUGGAGCAGGUAGAGAAAUAAAGCAUAUAUUGCAUUUCAACAAAGA